AUGCCACAUACUGAUGGAGAGUUUGCACCGUAUUUCAAAAAUGUUACUGAGGCAUUGAUGUUUUGUUGGAUACAAAAACAUAACAUAUCUACCCGAGCUUAUGAUGAAUUAGUGGAUAUAAUUAACCAUCCAAAGUUCAAAAGUGAAGAUGUUGUAACAAAUUUUGCCUCUACUCCCGAUCAAAUCACGCAAAAUAUCAUUUGGCAUUCCCUUAACAAUCCAUCACUGUUUGGCCAAAUGUAUUUUGGUCCAGGUAAAAUAGUUGAAAAAAAUAUAGAACUCUGGCAUGGAGACUUACUAUGGAAGGAAUCACCGCGAUUUGGAUGUGCAUUUACUCAAAUUAAUGGAAAGAUAUACAAUUGUGGAGAUUUUGUAGUUUAUAAAGAAACAGUAUCAAAGAUUGGUAGAAUCUUAGCAAUAGUAGAAAUGCAUGGUGAACUCAAAAUAAUCAUCCAACGCGUUUUAAGGUUUGAUGAAUUGCCAAAAAAUUUACAAAGUAAUGAUCGUAGAAAAAGAUCACAUAUUGAAGUAUGGUUGUUAGAUUGCAAUCAAUAG